GGUUCACCUCCGAAAGCUUCUGGAAGUUGCCAUGGCAGUGCCUUCUCUCCCACCAUUUAACCCCCCAUCCCUUCCUCUCUGCUUCCCAUCUCUUCCUUUCUCUAUCCUCCUCUUUCAUCAUCAUCAUCCUUUCUCUCUCUACAACUUCUUCCCCCAUCUGGGUUUUCAUCUUCAACCAUGAAGUUGAUCAAAAUUAGCUCCAAAAAUCUCAGUCCGAAAUGCCUCUUCGGGUCCAAGGACCGGUCCUCCGUGUCCCGCUGCCCGUCGUUCGGUUCCGGAUCGGAUCUUUCCUCCUCCUUCUCCUCUUCCCCAGAUUCAAUUCACAAGCCCGGGGCCGGAGCCGGCGGUAUCACCACGCCCACCAGCGUUUUGCCCCAAAAAUCGGGUGUCUGGUCCCAUUUAUCUGCUGAUCUCGACGUGGCCCAAGCGUUUAAGCUUAUAGACCGGGACAACGACGGAGUGGUGUCGAGGAAAGAACUCGAGGCGUUUCUGUACCAGCUCGGGAACGACCCGCCGAGUCAAGAGGAGGUGACGUUGAUGCUGAGCGAGGUGGACCGAGACGGCAACGGUAUGAUAAUCCUUGAGGCUUUAUUGAACCAGGUCGGACCGGUUUUCGGUCUAGAUGCCGACUCGGAGCUUCGGGAUGCGUUUGAAGUGUUUGACACGGAUAACGACGGCAAAAUAUCGGCGGAGGAACUUUUGAGUUUUUCUGCUGAUCUCGACGUGGCCCAAGCGUUUAAGCUUAUAGACCGGGACAACGACGGAGUGGUGUCGAGGAAAGAACUCGAGGCGUUUCUGUACCAGCUCGGGAACGACCCGCCGAGUCAAGAGGAGGUGACGUUGAUGCUGAGCGAGGUGGACCGAGACGGCAACGGUAUGAUAAUCCUUGAGGCUUUAUUGAACCAGGUCGUACCGGUUUUCGGUCUAGAUGCCGACUCGGAGCUUCGGGAUGCGUUUGAAGUGUUUGACACGGAUAACGACGGCAAAAUAUCGGCGGAGGAACUUUUGAGGUUUUUCACGUCUGUCGGAGACGAAGGGUGCACGUUAGAGGAGUGCCGGCGCAUGAUAGACGGGGUAGAUAAGGACGGGGAUGGGUUCGUGUGCUUUGAGGAGUUUGUUCAUAUGAUGGAGCCGCAGAGAUGAUGAUGAUCAUGUUGCUCCUGAUGUUUAGCGAGUCAUAAAAGUCUUGAUUUUCUUUUUUUUUUCUUCUUAAUUUCCAUUGGGAUAAUGGAUGUAUGGUUUCAAAGGGUGUCUUAAAAAUAUGGAUAAAUUAAAUAAUACCUCAUCAGGUUUGAGAU